AUGUCUGAGCUGCCUGAUUACUAUGCCGUCCUAGAAGUUGCCCCUGACAGCGAUCAGGAGGCGAUCAAGAGAGCUUACAAGAAGGCGGCGCUGAAAUGGCACCCAGACCGCGUCGCUGCCGACUCGGAAGAGCGCCCCAAGCGGACGAAAAUGUUUCAAAAGAUCAAUGACGCCUACUACACCCUGUCCGAGCCCACGAGGCGGAGAGAAUACGAUGAAGCCAGGCGCUUUCACGGGACCACGAGCUUUGAAGAGUCUGCAGACGAGGAAAUACCGAGACCCUCUCCCCAGGCUGGAGCCCAGUCUUGGUUCAACAUGUUCGGCUUUGGCCGCCGUGCAGGAGACACGCAAGAAGACAGGUUCGCAAACGACCAAUUCAGGAGCGCCUUCGAGGAGAUGAUGCAGGAGGACAACCUGGCAGAUGACACCCAUGCACCUACCAAGCGAUUCUGGACGAUCGCAGGCGGCAUUUCGGGGGGUGUUCUCGGUUUCAUCGUGGGCAACUCGGUGGGAAUGGUGACGGGCGCGGCUGCUGGCAGCAAGAUGGGCGCCAUACGGGACAAACAAGGUAAAUCUGUCUACGAGGUGUUCCAGUCGCUGGAUCAGGGUCAGAAGGCCCGCAUUCUGAGUGAGCUUGCGGCGAAAUUGUUCAGUGGGGCAAUCAGUUAA